CACUUGCUUCUUCUUUCUUAUCUUUCACUUUUGUCAACUUAUUACUACUUUUUUUUUCUUUCAUUUACCCCCAAAUAACAUAAACCCUUGCAAAUAUGUGGAGACGCCUUUCUCGCUCUCAGAAAUUUUUGACCUUGGCAACCGCUACCGCGACUGCCGGAGCCGGUUCAUUGUAUUAUUACCAUCAACAUGAUCGCCAGCGUCACAACCUGUACUUGUCCACACUGCGACAUCAAGACAAGAUAUUCGCCAAUGAUAACCUAAAGACGUCAGCAUUACAAUCGCUCAUGCCUCGUAGCAUUGUCCACGCUGAAGCACUACAGGAGAAAAUGGAAAAGCCGACGGAACUUUGGCAGGCCCCUUCACGUGAAGAAAUGUUGAAACGACUCAAAGCCGGAAACGAAUACGAUUUAUUGAUUGUCGGUGGUGGUGCUACCGGUACUGGUACCGCUGUAGAUGCUGCCACUCGCGGCAUCAAAGUAGCCAUGGUGGAAAGAGAUGAUUUUGCGUCAGGUACUUCUUCCCGAUCCACCAAACUUGUUCAUGGCGGUGUACGAUAUCUUCAGAAGGCUAUUAUGGAACUGGAUUACGAACAGUACAAAUUGGUUGUGGAAGCACUUCAUGAACGAAAGAUCUUUUUGGACAUUGCUCCCUACCUUGCAGGACAGUUGCCAAUCAUGCUUCCCGUAUACAAAUGGUGGCAGAUCCCGUACUAUUGGGUAGGAUGCAAAAUGUAUGAUCUGUUUGCCGGUCGUGAAGCCUUGGAAAGCAGUUAUUUCUUGACUCGAUCCAAGGCUCUCGAAGCGUUCCCCAUGUUGAAGAAGGAUGAACUCGUCGGUGCGCUUGUUUAUUACGAUGGUCAGCAUAAUGAUGCAAGAAUGAACGUCGCCCUCGCUUUGACUGCUGUGUAUCAUGGCGCCGAUGUUGCUAAUCACUGCGAAGUUAUCGAUCUUACAAAGGAUGACAAGGGCAUGGUCAAUGGCGCUAAAUUAAGAGACAACAUCACCGGUGAAGAAUGGAACGUGAAAGCAAAGGGUGUGAUUAACGCGACAGGUCCUUUCACCGAUGGUCUUCGCAAGAUGGACAACAAGGAAAACGCAGAAAUUGUCGCUCCCUCGGCCGGUGUUCACAUCAUCCUUCCCAACUACUACAGUCCUCGUAACAUGGGCUUGUUAGAUCCUUCUACCAGUGAUGGCCGUGUCAUUUUCUUCCUACCCUGGCAAGGAAAUACCAUUGCCGGAACCACUGAUUCUCCGACCGAUGUGACUCAAAACCCGAUGCCCAAAGAAGAUGAAAUCAAAUGGAUUCUCGAUGAAGUUUCCCAUUAUUUGAGUGCUGACGUCAAGGUCCGUCGCAGCGAUGUGCUGGCAGCAUGGUCUGGUAUCCGUCCUCUUGUCCGUGAUCCUCAUGCCAAAAACACUGAAUCACUGGUGCGCAACCAUAUGAUUAACGUGAGCGAGAAUAAUCUUAUUACCAUUGCUGGUGGUAAAUGGACCACGUAUCGCGCCAUGGCGGAGGAAACUGUUGACAAGGCGAUCGAAGUGUACGGUCUGAAACCCACCGCUCCUUGUCACACCGACAAGGUGAUGUUGGUUGGUAGCGAAGGAUACACCAAUACCAUGUUUAUUCGCUUGGUUCAGGAAUUCGGCAUGGAUACUGAAGUUGCGCUGCAUCUUGCCAACAGCUAUGGUGACCGUGCUUGGGCCGUCGGUGCUAUUGAAGACAAUACGGCGACGAGCUGGCCAACCUAUGGCAAGCGUAUCACCCCUAACUACCCUUAUAUCGAAGCCGAAGUACGUUACGCUGUGCGUCAAGAAUAUGCCAGCACAGCUGUUGAUGUCUUGGGACGUCGUACCCGUCUUGCCUUCUUGAACGCUGAAGCUGCACUCCAGUCUCUUCCUCGAGUGAUUGAAAUCAUGACGGAGGAACUUAAAUGGGACGAAGCUCGUCAAAAGAAGGAAUACCAAGAUACAGCGACUUUCUUGGUCACCAUGGGUCUUGCCUCUGAAAAGGCAAAGCAAGUCGCCAACAGUGUUUAAAAAAAAAAAAAAAGAAAAAC